AAACACUGAAGAUGACGUAAUGAGGCACACAGCAAAACAGAGUUUUGAUAUUAUUAUGUGACGACUUUUAGAAAGAGCUGCUGGUACCUGCGGCACUAAGUGAAGGUACCCUGCUAGGUACCUAGAUACUUCACGUUCCCCCACCGCGCUAGCAACCGUACCCCCGCCAAUUCGCCAAUCCCGCCAAUUUUCCUUGGUGCCCUAGAGAUUUCAAUUAAAAUCGCCAGGGUAUUUCGUCGCGUACCCGACGUCUUUGCGCGUCAAGCUCCAGACUCUAUUCCGAAUUCAAUCACGAUGCCGCCAACCAAGCAGCCAUCCAUUUCCUCGUCGCUCUCUUCGCCAGACUCCUUCGCGACCGCUACCGAAUCUCCAUUGAAAGAUUUGAACGGUGCGGCCACUGACAUAAGCAGCCCUAUUGUCGACACCGAAGAGGCCGCCGACAAGACAUACAGCAAGGCCAGCCAACUACCCCCAGAACUCAAACAACACUGUCAGAUAUAUUUGGAAGAGAAUUUGUAUCUAAUUACCCUAAACCUCCUAAACAGCCUAUUAUCAUCAAACCGCGGCAGCCCAGACAAUCCUACCUACUGCGCUCCUCCUAGCCAGUUAUCGCUUCUCAAUACCGCGGUCGUGCACCCGAAAUUCACUACUAGACCGAGAGAAGAGGGUUGGUCUGAAGUGUCCGCCGAGUCACUUGUCUACUUGCGCAGCCUGCUCUCUCGCUUCGGCCCUAUCAACAGUGGAUUUAAGCAGGCGUUCCGUUUCAUAAAUACCACCCGUCAUGGCACCCCGGACUCGUAUUAUAGCGAUGAUCCUGACUUCGGAGGCGAAGACGAUGGCGACGGAACAUAUGCGCAGUUGAAGCGCGGAUACCACCAAGAUGGCCUGUGGCGUCGAGGGCAGGACUUUUUCCGCGUCGUCGGCUGGGCCUUCAACUGCAGCGUGCUUUAUCCAAAUAGAUGGCGACAUUGGAGGCAUUGGCUUAAGUUCAUGUUAGAUGUACUAGAACAAGACCUACACGAGCGACAAAAGCUGGACGAGGAGAGUGGUCAGACGGACUACCCUAUGCUUCGGGACUCCAUUCUUGCUACUUACAUCGCCCAACGUUCCGGACGCGGUGCCGGAGGGGGUUUGAAAUGGAUUAUGGAAGCCAUCUUCGCCGAUGGCAGUGUGACCGCAAGCGCCCGCUUCCAGGAGAUCUGGCCAAAGGAGCACAAGGAGAACCCUAAGAGUAUCGCAAAGAAGAGAAAGCGUGAGACGGUCAACAUCGAUAAGGGAAAUUUCGGAGGCUAUAUGGACGAUGAGUCGGUAUCCUCUUCUCAGACUUCGGAACCCCCAACGCCACAGAAACGCAGGACAAAUUCGGGACUAGGGGACCCGGAUUUUCAGGCUUUAGAACCUGCUUAUGUAGAGUCUGUCCCCUUGCGACAACGUCUUUUCUCUUUGCUGUCAUUUCUCUGCCACUAUCUCCCUCGACCUCCACUGGACUUCUCCGAUCUUUAUCAGAGAUUUGAGACUACAGUGAAGUCCUUACCACUGCCCAUCUUUACCGCGUUCGUAAAUCGCCGCAUGUGUGUCUUAGAGUUGGAAUCCCAGAUAUCGAUACUCUUAGGCAUCUUGUUUCUCUUGAUGCCCUCGUCAGCUUUAUCCCCCCAGAAAGUGGACCGUAGAUGGCAAGAUUCAGACGGCAUCACGGUUGAGAUCCUAGAACGAUGUUUUCUUCCCUACCCUGCCAACACGAUCGCCAUAGAAGACAAUGCGAAGCUUUCCGUGGUGCUCGAAAAUAUGCUCCAGAUUAUGUGGUGUGAUGGGAGCGAGAAAUUUGAUGAGAAACUGAGGAUAGCUGUCGAGAAGGGAAUCUCCGCAAGAGAAACCAAGGUGAAAAAAAAGAAGACUUCGGCGCGCGGUCGAAUGAACGCCGAAGAUCCGGAAGCAGAAGCCCACAUUGUGUUAGAAAUGUCCGCAAAAAGACUGCUUGCACUAGUUGAUCUCAUCGAAGCAGACGGUGAAGAUGCCGAGUUGACCGAAGUUGAUCCUAUGGAUGAGGAUGAAGAUGAGAGUGAGAUAGAGGCAACCUUCAUGACAGCCAUGGAUGACAUCGAAGACGAAGACGAAGAUGAGGAAGAGAAACAUGGUAAUGACAAGAGAUACUGUGUGUGUAGGCGUAAGGAGUCGGGUACUAUGAUUGCCUGUGACAACAAUGCUUGCCCAUACGAGUGGUUUCACUGGAAGUGUGUCGGCCUAAGGUCGAAGCCCAGGGGUAAGUGGCUGUGCCCCGAUUGUUCGAGUCCUUCGCGGAAAAAACGCAUGUAGUGCCGUGGAUCAGUGUCACGAGGAUAUCAAAGGGUAGAAUUAGGUCGAGAUGAGUAUUGUCUGUUUGGCAUUUCUAUUGGCGCAAAAGUAGCCGAAUCGGUGGAUGUACCGGCGCAUCU